UUCAGUAUCACCCACCAUGACCGCUUCUCCCAAUUCAUUACCUCGCGACCCCUCACCCGGUUGUGUAGUAACCCAUCGCGGCAGCGUCGUGGAAAACCGACACCAAGUCCAUGCCGCCGUCACCGAUGCCACGGGCCGCAUCAUCUAUGCCGUGGGAAAUCCCACGCGUGUCACUCUGGCCCGCUCGGCUGCGAAACCUGCGCAAGCCCUGGCAGUUCUGGAAACCGGCGCCCUUGAAAAGUUUGACUUCGAUGAAGCAGAUCUGGCGCUGAUUUGCGCCUCCCACAGCAGUGAAGAUCGCCAUCUUGCCCGUGCCCGCGCCAUGCUAGCCAAAGCCAACCUGCAGGAAGAGGACUUGCGUUGCGGAGGUCAUGCAGCCCUGUCGGAGUCUGUCAAUCGAGCCUGGAUCAAGCGGGACUGGACGCCGACGGCCAUCGCCAACAACUGCUCAGGCAAGCACGCCGGCAUGCUUGCCGGUGCGAAAGCCCUGGGAGCUUCUACUGCAGAGUACCACUGCAUCACUCAUCCUCUUCAGCAGCAAGUUACGCAUGCCGUUGAGGAGCUGGCGGGCUUGCCCUCAGAUCGUGUCCAAUGGGCCAUUGAUGGCUGUAACCUGCCGGCGCCAGCGCUACCCCUGCAGCAUCUAGCCAGCGUCUACGCCCGCAUCGCCGACGCAGCCGAUGCAGCCCCUACGGAUCACCCGUCUCCACGGACACAGGCCCUAGCUCGCAUCUUUCGAGCGAUGGCGGGCCAUCCGGAGCUGGUCGGGGGAGAUGGUCGGUUCUGCACCGCGCUAAUGCAGGCAUUUGAGGGGGUGCUAAUUGGCAAGGUGGGAGCGGACGGCUGUUAUGCUAUUGGAGUGCGUGCUUCAAACUACACCCGACAACUCGGUAUUAACGGGGCUCUGGGGAUCGCGGUUAAGAUUGAGGAUGGCAACCGGGGGAUACUUUAUGCCGCCGUGGUUGAGCUCCUGCAUCAACUCCAGAUCGGCACUCCCGCGCAGCUGAAGUCACUGGUGGCAUAUCACCAACCCGAGAUCCGGAACACAGCCGGCGUGGUGACGGGGCACACCUCGCACCAGUUUCAGAUCAGCUCGAUAUAGUUAGUAGGAGGGAAUUUGCAUAUCAUGGAAAUCAUCUUCUAGUACAGACGAUGAGGGGUUGAUCUGUGAUGGAAGGCCACCCAGAAUGCCUCAUGGCGUGGAACAGCCUGAUCAUACCUACUAUAUCCCUUGAAGGUACAUAGAAGAAACAUAUUGCUAAUUUUGGUUCGGAGGUUUCGGAUAGUACUAGGCAAAUGCGAUGCUACUGCCAUUAAACUGCAACGAAUGUGAAUCCGAGUGCUGCGAACUGAUGACGGACGUCUCUGAUGACUGACAACAAGAUAAGAUGACAUAUUGGCUCGCUGUCAUGGAGAUAGCGGCUUCGAGAAGGAUCCUCUGCCUUAUCGCAUGGGUGAAUGCUACCCUCGGAUGGACCUUCUCCGGC